AUGAAAGCAGGACUGGUCGGCCUGCUGCUUGGUUUCCCUAGUGGUUUGGCCAAGAUUGCAUGGCCAUUGGGCUGGCCCACCUCACUCGAGUUCCUUUCCUCAGGGCCUGACGCUGAUUUCUUUGAGUUUGUGAGUCCUCUUGCCGAAAUGACGAAGCUCACGUACACAGCUACUUGGGGAACUUACUUCAAACCAUCAGACCAGAACCAGUCUGUGGAAGGCUGGGUGAGAACGUGGCCAGAGGCAAACCCGAAAGGUGGCAUGCGAGCGUUAACCUUCGUCCAGGAGAGCGCAGGACGUGGGGUAGUCGCAUUUCGUGGCACAGACUUAAACCCCAGCGGCAGAAGUGGCCAAGCAGAUGCCUGUGCAAACGAGGAGCUAGCCGAGAAACCGUUACCUGCCUUCUGCAAUCAGUUUACUGCUUUUGAGCUAGACUAUGUGUCACGUGCGCUUGACCUAGCACAGAAAGCUGCACAAGCACAUCCGACGGUGGAGUGGCUGUACACGGGUCAUUCGCUUGGGGCCGAGUUGGCGAGUGUUGUGGGCGCCGUGAGGAGAGCUCCGGUGCUUAGCUUUGCCGCUCCGCCAAUUGUGCCGGUGCUCAAGAAGCGCACCUCUGUCGAUGUGAAGCAGCUGCCAUUCUGGAAGUCUUUAUCGUUGUACAAUGAAUUUGACCCCUUGCGCUUCCUGGCACUUGGAGAGCUUCCAGGCGCAAACUGCAGCUGGGACAAUCAGCCGACCCCCGCAGGAUGCGAUGCUUGCGAGCUCCAUGGCCCUGUCAAUUUGACCUCCCCGGCCUGCCAACAGUGCUUCUCCAAGACACACAUAUUUGCUUCUUACCUUGCCCUUGUGAGAUCACGAAGCCGUCCCACCUGCGUGGUGGCACUGGACGAGAGCAUUGAAGUGUGA